CAAAAAACAGAAGACAUACAUAUACAUACUUAGUACAUACGGUAGUAAGGUACCACAAACACAAUCAAUCAAUCAAUAUAUAUAUAGCAUUGAAUAUAGUCAGCCAUGUUCCGCGAUAUGAGGACCAAGCCCUUGGGCACACGUAUUCAGACCACCACAAUGGAUACACAAACCCUAGCUUCAAUUCACGACGUCGAUUUUGACAAUUUCUCGAAUGAGACCGAAAUUUGGGAUGAACAGUCGGAGGAGGAACCGAAGGUUGAACGUGUACUCUCGCGAACCGAGCUACUCAUCCGGGACUAUAUGCAAUUCAAGGCUGCUAGACGGAUUCAAAGCGCCUGGCGCGGUUACUUUUAUCGCCAACGGCAGGACCUAACAGUCUGGGCUGCCAUCACCAUACAGAGAUGGUGGCGAGGGUUUUAUGUGCGCCACAACUUUUUCAACAAGAUCGAGGACAUGCUUCAGAGAAGCAUCAUUGAGCACUAUAAUCGGGCGGCGAUUAAAAUACAGGCUCUUUUCCGCGGCUGGUGGGUGCGUCAGACUGUGCACGAUGUAAGCAGCCUUCGACGCAUGCAAAGGAGUGCGGCCGAGGAUCUGCUCAACUGCAUAGCCUUCUACCUGCACCAUCUGCAACGCACAUACAGCAUACCUGGCGUCUACUCAAUCCGCAACUCUCACUGCCUCUCGCGCGUCGAAAAGUUGCUCGCCAGUAUGAACUAUCGCUUUCACAACGAUCGCGUGCGCACCGUCAUGAGCUCACGGGCUGCGCUGGCAGAGUAUCAGCGCAAACGAUUUAUGUUAGCCGCAAGAUACACCAAUGUGCCCUAUGCUGGGCCGAACUUCACGGGCAUAUGCGGGCCACAACAUGACGACUACGUGAUCUCGACGAAAGACAUGGACAGACGCAUGUACAAGGUCAUUGCCCUCUACGAGCAAUCCCAGCGCGAUGAGCAUGCCCAGAGGGUGACCCAGAGCCUAGCCGAGAAGAAGCGACGUAAACAGCAGCAGGAGAUUUUGGAGCGGCAGAAGAAGCAUAGACGCGACUUUUGCGGCGAUGUAAUUGCCAGCAUGAGACGCUGGAAAGUUUUGGGAGACUACAAGAAGAACAUCAACUUAAAAGCUUUGCACGAUCCUCAGAACAUGGAGAACUUUCUAAGUGAUGUUGCUGAGAUAAUUGCUAACCAAGAAUCCCAAACCUGUCACUGCCAGAGGGUCGUUCAUGACAGCACAUUUUGUCAUUGAGCAGAUUUUUUAAACCUUUACAUACAAUAUAUAAAUACAAAUACGAGUAA